UUCAGUCGUCUUAAUCCUGUUUUACACUAUAUGCAAGCCCAUAAUUGGGGUAAAAUUAUCGAUAUGGCAUGGCUUCCUUUGACUUCAUUCACUGCUGCCGGACAUCCGAAAAGUUCAAUUUCAAAUGACUAUGGCGAUACACUAGAGGAAACAGCUGCUGAUCGGUUGCUUGGACAUCUUAUUGUCGCUUCAACUGAUGGUUUUGUUCGGGUUGUGCCGGUUGCUCGGCAUCUUGUCGAUCGUACUCAGCCCGUCUCUAUAGAUGAGGAUUACACACUUAAAUGCUCUCCGAGUGUAGAUGAAUUCAUAUCCCCUAUUCUUAUUGCUUAUGACAGCCUUUUACCACCAUGUCGCUAA